UCAGCUAUUGUCAUGAUUAUGCUAUUCCUGACCCUCUUGAUGAUCCUUGGAGCAAACUUUCUAGCCGCUGGGAAGCUCCUCAUGCACACCCAAGACGACGAUCACACCCUCACCGAUGCCGCCAGCAACGAGCUCCACGCCAGGUUCUUAGCCCUCAUCACCACAAUCCCUGCCCAGCUCGUCUACGAUGGAGCCACGGAUCCAUACUUCCGGGGCCAGGCCAUUGGCGACACCUUGUUUCUCCCGGAAUCCAAUCUCUCGUUGGUUCUCAAUCUCUACUUCUACAACGUCGACCACUGCGGCCCCGGCUUUAGCCCACAUUUUGGUAGCAGUGGCAGCAAGCUUCGCGAAGGAUUCACGGCUCUCUUGCCGGAUCUUCAAAGUCUCAUGAACCGCAGCUAUGGAGCCGCCUAUGUCACGCAAGGCCAGUUCCAAGCCGGAUACUACAUCCAGGGGAUGAACUUGCGAGGAUCCAAUGGAUCGUGCUCGUCUCUCCGGAUCGAAAACACCACGGAUAGUAUCGGCUACUGCUACGGCUACGAGGGGACGCGAUUGAGCUUCAGUGCUUUCGACAGGCUCUACCCGGGCUGCCGGAUUAAAUCCAUGAGAAGGCCCGAGUACGUUCUGGAGAUGGGAGAGGAUUGCAAUGCGGUGUUUAGCGACAGUUCGAGCAACGAGGUCUUGUGGCAGUCGAGAACGAAGGGGAGUGGACGGGAGUGCGAGCUUGUUCUCGAGGAGACGGCGACGCUGGGCGUGUAUGAUCGAAACGGGACUGUGUUAGCGAGAUUUGGGACGAACAACUCCACGAAUGCGUCCUUGUUUGCGAUGCAGAAAGAUCGAAACAUGGUGAUCUACGCCAUCAGCAAUAUGAAGAGUCCCAUGCCUGUGUGGAGUUCAAACACUUUCAAAGGCGAGCUUUUGAAGAGCUUACGAUGAGAUCAUACCUUUGUUGUGCAGAUCCAUCUUCAAUUGGGAGAAAUGGCACGACGAUCAGUCCAGUUUCGCUGCCUUUGCCGAAUGGAACGAGCUCAAGCUCGUCCAACAAACGAUCAAAGAUUCUUGGAUUUUUCUUGGGAGCGGUGUCGCUCGUUGUUGGAGUGGCAAUUGUCGUGGUGAUUUUGCGACGAAGAACGCGCAGUAUAAGAGCUGGUGGGGAAGCAUUGAACUGGCUACCACCCGGUAGCAAGGCGAAGAAAUACUCGUACGAAGAGCUCCAGGAGGCUACGAAAGGAUUUCACAAGGAGAACUUGAUUGGCACCGGCGGAUUUGCGAGUGUAUACAAGGGAGUUAUAGACAGUCACGUUGUUGCGGUGAAAUACUUGACAAGCUCCGAUCUAUCGGAGAAAGCGAGGCUGGAUUUCGAGAAUGAGGUGUCC